AUGGUCUCGCAUGAAUUUGAACGCGAGGAUCGUGAAGAUGCUCCGUUCCUCGCCCCGGAACUGCAAUCCCCGACCCCUGGCCGCCCUCACGAAACGAAACCCGCUCACCCGCUCGGAAACGAUGUGUCAGCUCAGAAGAUCGGUUUCAGAUUGAAGGUAACUCUGUUCGCCAUGAUUUUGGCGGUGGAUAUCGGCUUCUCCUUCAUUGAGGGCCCCCAGGUCCGAAUCUUUGAGUCGAUUGCGUGUCGCCAGUUCUUCUCCGUGACCGACCCGAGUCAGAUUGGGGCCAAUGGCCAGGUACCGGAGGCAAUGUGCAAGGGAGCGGAGGUACAGGCCGAGCUGGCUGCGGUGAAGGGAUAUAACAUGUUCUUUGAUGGGUUGCUAUGUGCGCUCUUGGCCAUUCCAUAUGGUCUGCUGGCAGACCGGAAAGGCCGCAAGUCUACGCUUCUCUUGGGCUUGCCUGGCUUUGCUCUCAACUCUGUAAUCGUGCUUGCGGUUAUGUGGUUUUCCGAUAUAUUCCCAUUACGAGCAAUCUGGUUUUCUUCGCUGGCAUGGUUGCUUGGCGGGGGACCGGUUGUUGCGUUUGCGAUUAUUUGGACUAUGAUGGCUGAUGUGACGACGGAAGAGGAAAGAGCAACGCUAUUCUUUCAGUUCGGUAUCGUCUCCAUGGGGGCCGAUUUCCUUUCUAGCGCUUUCACGUCUUACCUUAUGUCCUUGAAUCCAUGGAUUCCGCUAUUCAUCGGACAUGCCAUUAUUUUCUUAGGGCUAUUGUUGAUGUUUGGUCUCCCCGAGACCAUGCACGUGCGGCCAUCGAGCCCACCCGAGCCAUCUCAUGUUGAGCUUUCUGACUUGACUGAGGAUGAGCCCAAGAACCACUCUCCUAAACCCGAGGGCGUAUUAUACAAUGAUGAAGACGUGGGAAUUGGUUCACAUAACGAGGCACACAUGUCUUGGAGCUAUCCCGCCCAACAGAACCCCACAAUUUGGACUAGGAUCUGCUCAAACUACCGUUUCUACGUGAAACCAUACCUUUUCAUCCUGAACCGCAAGCCUGUGUUGCUUCUUUUGACCGCUUUCUUGGUCUACCGCCUCAGUCGCGGUUCUUCAUGGUUCCUCACACAGUAUAUCUCGACACGAUAUGAGUGGACCCUCGCACAGGCCAAUUUGCUCGUCUCCUUCCGACCUACAGUGUCCAUUCCGGUCUUCCUGUUUGUUCUACCCUGGCUGAAGAAGAACUACCUUAACCCCAAGCGCUCGUCCACAGAGAAGGACCUUUACCUUGCUCGCGCGAGCAUCAUCUGUCUUACCCUUGGAACCUUGGGAAUUGGUCUUUCGCCUACGAUCGGGACUCUGAUCCCUAGUAUGAUCGUACAAACAUCUGGGUCCGGGUUUGUCUUCCUCACACGAUCGAUUAUUACCACGCUGGUCGAACGGGAUGAGACUGCCCGCUUAUAUACAGUGAUUGAGGUUUUACAGUCCAUGGGUAAUGUUGUGGCCAGUGUGUCAAUCACGACAGUUUUCCAGCUCGGUCUUCGUCUAGGGGGCGUCUGGGUUGGAUUGGCCUGGAUGAUGACUAGCACGUUAUUUUGCAUGGUAGCUGCCGCAAUUUGGGCUUUCCGGCUACCAAAAACCCCACGCGAUCCGGAAUUCGUGGUUGGAGAAUUUGAAGAUGCCGAUCAUAACUGCAUAUAG